CCCUCCAAUCCGUCUUCGUCUUCCCUGCUAAUUCUUCAAUCAUGAGCUCCUCUGAAAGCGAAACCAUGGAGAGCGAAGACCCCGUAGACGUGUCGCAGCCUAUCACGCUUGCUAAUCCCAGCGACUUGACUCUCGUCGUUGGCCCCUAUGGUCAGAGUAUCUACGUAUGUAGAGGUGCCUUGUGUCUCGCGAGUCCUGUCUGGAAUGCUAUGCUCUCGGAUAAGUGGGCGGAGAGGUCAGAGAAGGAGGUAGAAUUUCCGGACGACAAUCCAGAAGCUUUAUUGAUUGUUUUGGGCAUUGCGCACCUCAGAUUCAAAGAGAGGCCGAAAGUUCUUCUUUAUCGGCAGCUCGUCGAGCUCGCGGUUAUCUGCGACAAAUACGACACUGUUGCUGUCAUCCGCCCUUUUUUGCAAGAAUGGAUAGGGUUCGAGGAGAUGAAGGUUGGCCCUGGAAUGGAAGAGUGGAUUUUCGUUGCUUGGACUUUUGGUAUCAAGGAUAAGUUCAUUAGGGGAGUUCAAGACUUGGUACGAGAUACAUCAGCAGAUUCGCAGGGACGUCUAAUACUCAAACACCUUUAUGGAGCGGAGUUGAAUGUCCAUCCUGUGAGUUUGCGUCUGCCCUUGGAUCUCUUAGAUUGCAUUUCUCAAGCUCGCCAGGAAUCGAUCACAAAACUCAUGAACCUCGCGUUCGGGCACCUGGAGAGAUCUGUAUCUACGAAAGAGUGCGUCCUAGGAAGCCAAACUUGUAUAGGGAACACAAUUGGCCACCUACUAAAGGGACUGCACGGGGCGGGAAUCUGGCCGAAUAGGCCUGAGGCAUCGACUUACCCAAGGUCUUUCCAAUCGCUAUAUAAGGCGAUAUCCAAAAUCAAAAUACCACAGUACACCGGCCCGGUGAGGCUUGUGGGGUACGACGUUCAGCACACGUGUGGGCGCGGUAUCGCGGGUCUUCAAAGUGAAAUUGACGCUCUCAAUUUGUCGAUUCCUUUUGGGUACAAAGAGCACCAUCUAAAACACAUUGAGAUACAGGCAGAGAAGUAGAGCGCGUAGGUUAAUCCAUCGUCAUCUAUCACACCACAAAGCCUACUUCCUAAUUUAUUUUCCUUCAAUUGGC